UUAGCGUUCACUCCAAAAUCAAUCAAACUUGGUCAGCUGUUCCAUUCCACCUCCCCUCUUUCUUUCAAGGCUGUCAACGGCCAUGCAAACGGGUUGCCAGCACAGCAGGUUGCCAGUACCAGCCUCAACCCCAAUGAAGACUGCCACGGUAGUGGACAGGGUUCGACAUCAGGGUCCCAGUCUGGGCGGAUAGGAGGAAGGAGGGAAGUGGAGGAGGAGGGGGAACAGGAGAUGACGUCCCCUCUGGAGGUGCGCUCAGGCCUCCCCAUGAACUUCAGCAGCACCCUGCAAUGCAUCGUCCAGCAGCUUGACGUCCUCACUCAGGUCAGUCCCCCUUUAAUUCUUAAUCCAAAUCUGGCAGCCCUGGCUAAAACACUACCUCUUAACCCAAUCUGGCAACCGUAAAAUACUUCCCCUGCACAGAGUUAGACGUAGACAGAAGUUGUAAGUGAUGUUGACAUUGUUGUGAAAGCGUUUUAGACUAAAACUGGUGUGUGUGUGAUCCCCUCCCGCCCCAUAGACUGUGUCUGUGUUGGAAGAACGUCUCACCCUGACGGAGGACAAACUGAAGGAGUGUUUAUUCAACCAGAGUCAGAUCCUGCUGCAGGUGCGAGGGGAGGAGAAGGACAGAAGAAGAGAAAGUGUGGAGGAAGAGAGGGAGGGGGAGAGCGGAUCCCCU